AUGGCCUAUCCGUGGAUCAAGAGUUUAUGGUUGUUUCUUCUAGGCAUCUUAACUCUCUUUCUAUGGAGGAUAUGGGCCUUCACAAUUUCACCAUAUUUAAACCCCGAGAGACCCAGAGAGGCUCCAUAUUGGAUCCCUUUCAUCGGACAUUCGUUCUCAUUUUUCUGGAACAGGGACAAGACAAUUGAAGCUGGCCUGAAUACGUUCGGAAGAACGCAUGAGCCUUUCGCUCUUCGCAUUUUCUGCGAACGGAUGUACAUUAUCAGCUCCCCGGCCGAUACCGUCACCAUAUACAGGAAUUCCGCUGCCUUUUCUUGGGACGAAUAUAUGAAUCUUCUCCUUCAGGCGUUCGGUAUCACUGGAAGAUCUUUGGAGCUCGCAUGGCAUAACCCCCGGCCAGAUGCCAUGGGCUUUAAACCAAAUCCACUCAACCCUCAAAACAAGAACCUCAUCCAUCUUACCGAGGACUUCUACAAAGCGCAAUUACUUCCAGGUGACAAACUUGACCACCUCACCAGCCGGUACAUUGACGUGAUCGACCACACUUUCCACUGGAAAAACUUUUCUGGUAAAUACGUCCUGGAAGAAGGAGCAGCUUACAAGAGAAUAUCUCUGAAGUUAUUCGUUCGGAUGGUCAUGACUGAAACCGUCACAAGGGCUAUGCUUGGAGAAAUAAUGUUCAGCUUUGAACCGGAUCUAGUAAACCACCUAAUGGUCCUUCAUGACUACUCCUGGGCGGUUGUCUUCAACCUUCCAAAGGUUCUUUUUCCAAAACUUGGUCCUGCUCUUGGAAACCUUUCCAAGGCCAUUAGGUCAUACCUAAACACCUCCGAAUUAGACAGGGAGGACGAAUGCUGGGCUAUCCGUUCCAUUCUCAAAUCCCAAGAGAUUACUGGCAUGGACGAAGACAGCCGAGUCGCCAUGUUCAUCAUGAUAUGGUGGGCUGCUCACAGCAACACGGUGAACGCCUGCUUCUGGAUCUUUUCGUACCUUCUUUUUAAUCCAGGAUUACUAGAGUCGAUCCGAGAAGAGACUACUCCAGCAUUCAAGGACGGAAGACUAGACAGCUCAUAUCUCGCUAACGAAUGUCCACUCCUGGACUCGGUCUGGUCUGAAGUACUUCGGCUCGUGAAUGGCGCUAUGAGUGUGCGCAAAGUCGUCACUUCCACGAAAGUUUCAGGAAAGAUAUUGGAAAGCGGUAACACCGUGAUGAUUCCUUUCAGGCAACUGCAUUAUAAUACGAAUGUUUGGGGCAGCGCAUGUUUUGACUUCGAUCCUGAGCGCUUCAUAAGGGAACCUAAGUUGCAGAGUCACCCUUCAUACCGGCCUUUUGGCGGUGGCAUCAGCUACUGCCCUGGAAAAAGCUUGGCUAAAAGCGAAGUAUGUGGAUUCGUUGCGAGUCUUCUGCAGCGGUUUGAUAUUUCCUUAUUUACACGACCGGGAGAGCCGCCACAGGUAUUUCCCAAGCUGGAUGAUACGAGACCCUCGACUGGUACAACUGGUCCCAUGGAUGAUAUGGAUUUGGUCUUUGAUUUGGUUCCAAGACGAUGA